CCAUCGAGUGUAGCUCAUUGGUCUGUUUUGAACCGCUGUUUUCCUGCAAGCAAUUCAAAAGAGUCUGUCAGCAUCCAGCAACAGUCUGUGUGAAGAGUACAUACCUCACCAAACGACGCGAAGUCAGGCAUAAUGGAAGACUACUUGAAGAUAGAGAAAAUCGGAGAAGGUACCUAUGGGGUGGUGUAUAAGGGCAGACACAAAGCCACCGGGCAGGUUGUGGCGAUGAAGAAGAUCCGCCUGGAGAGUGAGGAGGAGGGGGUUCCAAGCACCGCUGUCAGAGAGGUCUCUCUGCUGCAGGAGCUCAAGCAUCCCAACGUAGUACGACUCCUGGAUGUUCUGAUGCAGGAGUCUCGUCUCUACCUCAUCUUUGAGUUCCUGUCCAUGGACCUGAAGAAAUACCUGGACUCUAUCCCCUUGGGCCAGUACAUGGAGCCUAUGCUGGUCAAGAGCUACCUUUACCAGAUCUUGGAGGGCAUUUACUUCUGUCACUGUCGCCGUGUCCUCCACCGGGACCUGAAACCCCAGAACCUUCUGAUAGACAACAAGGGCGUUAUCAAGCUGGCCGACUUUGGCCUGGCUCGGGCCUUUGGUGUUCCUGUCCGGGUCUACACCCAUGAGGUCGUAACUCUUUGGUACCGGGCUCCCGAGGUCCUCCUGGGUUCCCCCCGAUAUUCAACCCCUGUGGAUGUUUGGAGCACUGGGACCAUCUUUUCUGAGCUGGCCACUAAGAAGCCUCUGUUCCAUGGAGAUUCUGAGAUAGACCAGCUCUUUAAGAUCUUCAGGGCUCUGGGAACCCCCAACAACGAUGUUUGGCCAGAUGUAGAGAGCCUACCUGACUUCAAAAACACCUUCCCUAAAUGGAAGUCUGGCAACCUGCCAUCACUGGUGAAGAACCUGGAUAAGAAUGGCAUGGACCUUCUGGCGAAAAUGUUGACCUACAACCCUCCCAAGAGGAUUUCGGCCCGUGAGGCCAUGACUCACCCAUACUUUGACGACUUGGACAAAUCCACCCUGCCGGCUGCCAGCAUCAACAAAAUCUGAAAUGGACUGACCUACUGCAGACACAUUCAUACCCAUUGUGAAUUCCCAUUCUGUAAAUACUUAUGUGUGUUAAACUCGUUGUAGACCUUUUUAGUUAAGUUUUGUCUUUCAACAAUGUCUUUUCAAUAAAACUGCACUUUCUGUGACUCCAAACUUUUA